GUAUUGUCCGUCCUAAAAAACAUCCUAGCUAACGGCGCCAAAAACGGCAUAAUAAUAAUCAAUCUUUUUCGUCAUUUCUUCAUUUUCUCUCUCCUAAUUUUUCUCUCUCUACGUUUUUCACUGUUCGUAAAUUUUGCUCUGGCGGCGUUUCUUCACAAUGGAGGAUCCACCAAUUCCGCUUCCCCCUCCUCAAAAUUCCAAGAAGAGAAUGUUUGCCGGAACUAGUAGUGGUGGUAGUAGCAGUUCGUCGUUUGUUGAACCUGAUUUGAUGGAAAUUCCGCCUCCUGCGAUGUGGAAAUCCAACUCACUCAAGAAAAAAUCGAAUAUCAAAUGUGAGGUUGUUAAUCUUGAUGGUGAAGAUCCUGAUGAUGUUGUUAUUAUUGACGAGAAGGUUGCUGCUAAUGCUAAAGGGAAGAAACCUAUGCUUCAUUUUCUUGCUGGAGAUGAGGUGAUGGCUAAUGAUGGAGCUCCUUUUGUAUUUGAAAAAGAUUUGACGAGAGGGGGUUUAAGUUCUCAAGUAUCUUUCAUUGAUGAUGACUUUGAUUUUGGCGGGUUGGAUGAUGAUGAGAUGUUCUGUGAUAAAGAGUGUGCUAUGCUGCAAGCUCAUUUUGAUUGCAUAGACAUUCCAUCUGGAGUAGAAGCUGCAGUUCCCUGGUGGCCGUCUGGGACAGGAAGUGAGAAACAGUCUGUUAUUUCAAACAACUCUUCUGUAUUUGGCACGCAAAGUAACUCUACUGUUGGUGUUUCUGACUUGGAUCAGUUUCAGUUACGGGGUUCCCAUAAACCUUUACCAUUUAAAAAGUCUGUUGCAGCGAACAGCUCUUCUGUAUUCAACAAACAAACUAGCUCUACUGCUGGCACCUUUAAAAAGUCUGUUGCAGCGAACAGCUCUUCUGUAUUAAUCAAACGAACUAGCUCUACUGCUGGUGCCUUUAAAAAGUCUGUUGCAACGAACAGACCUUCUGUACAUGGAAAAAAAAGUAGCUCUACUAUUGUGGAUCAGUUUCUGCCAUGGCUUUCCAAUAAACCUUUACCGCCCAAAAUGUCUGUUUCAGUGGAUGACUCAUCUGUACUUGGCAUGCAAAGUAACUCUAGUUACCCUACUAUCGGAUCCUCUGACAUGGAUCAGUUCCCAUGGCAUUCCCAUAAACCUUUACCGAUCAACAUGUCUGUUUCAGCGGAUGACUCAUCUGUACUUGGCACGCAAAGUAACUAUAGUUACUCUACUGUGGGCGCUUCUGACAUGGAUCAGUUUAUACCAUGGCAUUCCCAUAAACCUUCAGCCUUCAAUAACUCUGCAUAUAAAAAUGCUUUUAAUGGAUCAAAGCUUCCUUACUACGGAUUUCCAUCUAUUCCAAGCUACUAUGGUCAGACUAGUGGUAUGAUUACGCCGAAGUUUGAUUGGCAACUGCCACCUGGGCAUGGCCCAACAAAUCAAGCUAGUUCCAAUAAUGAUUAUUAUCCUUUUGUGUCUCAAGGCUUUGCAAAUCCUUUUGUGUCUCACGUAACUAGCUCUACUCCAUUUUUUUCUGGUGGCAUGACCAUAGGUCCUUGUAAUGAUCCUUCAGUGAGACUUGAUGUUGAUAUUUCAGCACAAAUCUUACCACCGUGUCCUAAUGGACAAGGAGAUGGUAGUGAAAAUUCUUUGGUAAAGAAGCUGGAACUUUUCAAGAAAUUCGAUACUUUAGAAGAUCAUUCAGGUCAUUUGUAUGAUAACAAUAGGGAAUCUUGUAGUCAGCCCAAAAGCUGGGUAAAUAAAAUUGCUGACGAGUGGAGAAUGCUUGAAAGAGAUUUGCCAGGUACAAUUUUUGUCAGGGUUUAUGAAGCAAGGAUGGAUUUGUUGAGAGCUGUUAUCGUGGGAGCAGAUGGUACUCCUUAUCACAACGGCCUCUUCUUUUUUGAUGUUAAUUUCCCUCUCACCUAUCCAAAUGUGCCACCAUUUGUUAGGUACCAUGCACAUGGCCUUCGAAUUAACCCAAAUUUAUAUAAUUGUGGGAAAGUGUGCCUAAGUCUUCUAGGCACUUGGAGCGGAAGUGAAGCAGAGAACUGGCGUCCUGGCAAGUCAAAUAUGCUACAAGUCUUACUCUCAAUACAAGGGCUUAUCUUGAAUGCUGAGCCUUUCUUCAAUGAGCCUGGUUUCGAGAGCUCCAAAUAUAGCCAACAUGGCAAACAACAUUCUAAGAAUUACAGUGAAAAUACGUUUCUCCUAUCUUUGAAAACAAUGCUUUAUACAAUGAGAGCUCCACCAAAGUACUUUGAAGACUUAGUUUUUGGGCAUUUCUACAUGCACGCUCACGAUAUACUAGCGGCAUGUAAAGCAUACUUGGAUGGUGCUGAGGUUGGAAGUUAUGACAAAAACAAAAGCCCAGCUUCUGAAGUGAAUGGCUCAAAUUGCUCUGAAUUGCUGAAGAUGACUUUACCAACAUAUAUCAAGUCACUCGUGGAAGCUUUUACCAAAAUCGGUGUCAAAGACUGUGAGAAAUAUUUAGUUCCCGUUGACAAAGUUUUUACCAGAGUUGGUUCCUCUUCUCGUAAAAAAAUCAAACCGCUGGCUUUUAAAGGGGUAAAAAUGCAACAAAACCAAGCAACCCUUGAAAAAUUUCAAGACCAGUUGCUGGAUGAUAAAAAACAUCAGUAAAUAUCCUCACUAAUGCUGACUGAUAGAUAGACGAUACUGUUUUGAUUACAUUGUAAAUAGGCGGAUCGCGGAUGUAAUAUUUUGGGGGGGUAUCAGGUAUCUCAAUUCCUGCUGGAACUUAACUUGCUUCAGUUUGGAAGAGCGGGAAUAGGUCUUUCAAGAGCUUAUCGCAUUUGUCAGAAGAUGUAACAGUGAAAUAUUUUGUAAUGUUAUGACAGUUGGUUAAAUGAAUUUUCUCUGAUUACUGUGUUA